AUGGAUUUAUGCGCAAAUUUGAGUGGUUUCAUAAAUUCUUCAGAUGCAAAUUCGACAUCGGCAUCAAAUUGUAGAACAGGAGAUAUUUACAGUGUGAAUGUAGUCACACAUAUUUUGAAUUUAGUAAUUUCGGCUCUUGCGAUUUUCUUCAACGGCCUCAUCACAGCAUGUUUACUGAAACAUCGCUCAAAAUUUCCAGGAGUUAUUUUUCAGCAGACCCUGUGCCUCAGUGUAACGGACCUUAUUGCCGGCUCCACUUCAGCAACAUUUGGGCUUAUGCUAAUCGAGAGCAUUAACCGAAGUUUCAAGGCAUGCGCAGCAAUAUUUGUGCUGGAAGGUAUUCCACGACUUGCCGUGAUAAUCAAUCUCUGUUUCGUGUCCAUUAGAAGAUGGAUAGUUUUACGACAUGCAUCAAAGCCCAGAGCAAAUACACGGAAUAUCUCGACCACGCGCACAGUUUUGUUUGUACUUGUCCCUUGGAUAAUUACGUGUCUCAUGUUGAUACCAUUAAUCAAAACAGCGGUUACACAAGAAACAACGGAAGUAAACGGAUGUAUUUCCAUCACGGUGUUUAGAGAGGAAAAUACCGCUCCCUUUUAUGUGGGCUUUACACUUGUUUCUCUGGUAAUGCUGACGUUAUUUUAUACAGGAUCAAUUAUUGCUUUGAAACGUACUGGAAGACAAACUACAAAUGUUCACCAAGGCCGUAACGAACGUUUACAGCAAAGGGCGUUUAAACACUUGGUAGGAGUAUUAGUAGUGGCAAAUAUCACGACACUGCCGUUUGUGGUAUCUAUUGUAUUGUCAGCUUCGGACAUAUUUAGAAACGCCCAACUGUUGUAUCUUUCUAGUCGUAUUCAGAUGCUGAAUUCUGCAAUCAACCCAAUUAUCUAUAGCUUUCAUAUCACCGAAUUAAGGACAGUCAUUAAGGAGAGUUUAGCACCAAACAGAUUACAAUGUUGCAGUCGCAAUGGAACUGGAGAUGAGGUUCACGAUGUGCAAGCAGACGACACCAAAGAUAAUCGGUAUUAA